CUACAGUUACUCGGUGACACUUACCCUUUAGGAAUCUUAUUUUUCAUCUUGCUAAAAUUGUGGAUAUUUUUGCAGAAAACACUGGUGAGAUCACUGACACGAACAGCAUAAAAUUAUUUCGAAAUUGACAGGAGCAAAAUUUUCAACAUGAAGAAUUGGUUAGAUCAAUUAAAAAAUGCAAAAAAGAUUGUAUCUGACUACGAAUCAAUAAGAACUGUACUGUAUGAAUUCAAAGACGGUAGACAAUUGGAAGAGGAAUAUAAUCUUCAAUUGAACGUCGUUAGUAGGCGAGCGUGGAAAUUGAAGGAUCAAUUAAACAAAGAAUGGAACGUUGAAUUGGGGGAGCCUCCAGUAGUUAAUGAAGAUUUUACUACAAUACCUAUCAAAGAAAAUUCAUCACAGCCAUAUAUUCGGAAAAGAAAUACAAGAAGAAUUAUCGAAUGGAGGAUAAGAAAUCUUCCAUAUCCUAGUGAAACAUAUAUAGUUACUUGUAACGAAGAAGAUAAGAGUGUAACAGUGAGGACGACUAAUAAAAAGUACUAUAAAACGCUUAAAAUCCCAGAACUGGAGAGGCUGGGACUCUCGCCUGAACAGUCAAACCUUUCAUUCAAAUAUGAUAAAGUAGCUUUAGUUAUCAAAUACAUAAAACCAAUUGAAUUGAUUGAAUUUGACAAAGCCGUUAUAGAAAUGGUCAAAGAACUGAAACCUACAACCAAUUGGUUCGACCCUGAGAUCAAUGACUCGGAAGAACAAGAUGAACCCAUUUUGAAAAAAAGGAAAAUUAUUGAAUUGUGAAGGUUCCAAUAUAUUUCAAAACUGGAAUAUGAGGAGAUAAAGAUGAUAUGUUGAAAGAAGUCGAAGAAAAUGUAUUGGUAUUAUCCAACACAAGAAUGGAUGAUAAAACAGAAGAUGACGUAAGGAUAUAGGGAAGGGAACAUUGAAUUGAAGUGAAUGUCCAGAGAUUUUCAACCCCAUAAACAUACUGGUUCAACAACCAACCAAUCGUUGGAAUAAAAUAUCAAUUAAUAAAAAAUAAUGACGCCCCAAAUAAAUAUAUAAAAAAAAUAAUCUUGUGAUGUAUAAAUAUUUAUGGCAAUGACUGUACAGAAGUCGCUUCAGAUUUGUCAACACCAACUUUCAUCCAACAAGCAUUUUCCCUUGAACCAUGUA